AUGGAAAAGUCAUUAAUGGGGGAUGCAAGAAAUAGGACAGCAGUUCAGGAAUUCAUCCUUGAGGGGUUUCCUGCUGUCCAGCACCUGGGGAAGGUCCUCUUCUUGGUGCACCUGCUGAUGUAUUUGGCCUCCAUCACAGGAAACAUACUCAUCAUCACCAUCACCCGGGCUGACCAUCACCUCCAGACACCUAUGUACUUCUUCCUCAGCAGUUUUUCCCUUUCAGAAUGCUGUUUUAUAACCACUGUUAUUCCUAAAUUGCUGGCCAUCUUUCUGUUGGGGAGGCAAAAAAUUUCCUUUGUUGCCUGCAUGACACAAGCCUUUGUCUUUCUUUCCCUGGGAGCAACUGUUUUCUUCCUUAUGGCUGUAUUAUCCUUGGAUCGGUACAUGGCCAUUUGCAAGCCUCUUUAUUAUCCAACCAUCAUGAACCCGAGGAUGUGUUCCCUUCUGGUCACUGCCUGCCUAGUUUUGGGAUUCUCCCUCACAGUGGUUCCAGUUACAAAACUUUCUCAGUUAUCCUUCUGUGGCUUCUAUUUACUGUUCUGUGGCCCUAAUGUCCUUUCUCAUUUCUUCUGUGACUUUAUCGCCUUAAUUCAUCUCUCCUGCUCUGACACCAGAUCUGUUGAAAUGUAUUUCUUCUUUGUUACUUCAUUUGUCAUUCUACUAUCCCUCAUUGUAACCAUCAUUGCAUACAGCAACAUAGUAGUCACAAUCCUGCGACUGCCAUCAGCCAAGGAGCGACAGAAAGCUUUCUCCACCUGCUCCUCUCACCUCAUUGUCCUCUCUCUGAUGUACGGCAGCUGUGUGUUUAUUUACCUGAAACCAAAGCAGGUGAACAGACUGGACUCCAACAGGGAGGCUGCCCUUGUGAACAUGGUGGUGACCCCGCUGCUGAACCCUGUCAUCUACACUCUGAGGAACAAGCAGGUCCACCAGGCUCUGAGGGACACACUGUCUAGGGUGAGGUUGCAGAAAUAG